UCGCAACACUAAACAGCGCUCGGUAAUCUGCUUUAUCCCUGGCUUGGGGUAGGUGGCGCCAUGCACGUCGUGAAUCGAGCAGCCAGCGCACUCGGAGUAUUAAAUAAACAGUAGGUCGAGGGAAAAGAAUACCGCCGCCUAUCCUACGAAGCCAGACUCUUCGUAGCUCCGUCUCGGCCACUCCAGGGAUACACCAAGCAGCAGCAGCGGCGGCGACGAGGCUGAGCCGCAGACACGCGCCAUCUCCCACACACGGUCCGCCCAUCAGCAGGCGUAGGUGUAGGCGUGCUUGGCUUUGUUUUGGCCUCUUUGGGCCGAUCCGUCGAAGCUCACCUUUGCUCCCAUCUGCAGACACGCAGCUGCGGAUGAUGCGAUAUACCAUGGCAGAAGAGACUAGCCCCCUCACCACACAAGUACCCACUUCGUCCAUCCGACACGCCCACUAUGGCUCCAUCGAUGUCGCCGCCUCCUCUCGCGACUCGGCCAUCGAAGUCAGUCCAGCCAGCACCAUGCAACAUCCCUUUGCUCCUGGCCGACGCUACUACAUCUAUCCACCCUUCAUCAAGGGCCAUGGCCGCUUGAUACCCGCUCGUCGGACGGUGCCCUAUCUGAUUGGUCUGUUUCUGGUCAUCGCAGUGUUUGCAUGGGGCGUGUGUUCUGCUCUGUCUGUGAACCCGCUGCUGGGCCACCCGCACCACCCAGGCCCGCACCCAGGACGAGGCUAGGACAAUAAAAGGCGCUUGCUGCUGGUCACGUGUCGUUUUGAGCAACUCGGAAAACUAUGUACUACUACUAUUGCGAAUGGCCUGUUUGAAUCCAAAUUGUCGUGGGAAUCCUACAUCACUGCUUAGGUAGACUAAAUAUACUUAUGAUUCGUCACCACC